AUGCUGGUCUCUUUGUUUCUCAGCAUAGACGCAAAGGACUCCAAGGUUGUUAAGAGUGUAAGGGAUGUUAAGGGUGUAAAGGAUGUUAAGGAUGCAAAGAAAAUAAUUCCAGAGGCAUCUGCUUCAAAUCCGAUUUAUGGAUCAGAGCAAAAGGGAAACUAUGGUGUUGGAGAAAACAGAGGAUAUAAAUCAAGGGAAAGGAACAGAAAUGGAGGUUUGCUAUCCCAAAAUUAUGGUAAUAACUAUGGGUAUGGCAACAAUAAUGGUAAAAAUAACUACGAAUAUGGGAAUAACUAUGGAAAUGGCAACAAUAAUUAUGGUUAUGGGAAUAAUUAUGAAUAUGGAAACAAUAACUACAGAUCUGGUAAUAACAAGAAUUAUGGAGACGAUUAUGGAUAUGGCAACGACAAUAUCGGAUAUGGUAUCAACAAAAAUGGAUACGGUUUGAAUGAUUACGGGUACGGUGGCUAUAAUUAUGGAUUUGGAAAUAAUAAUUAUGGAUAUGGAAAUAACAAUUAUGGAUUUGGCAAUUAUAAUUAUGGAGACGGCAUUAGAAAUAAUGGAUACGGCAAUUAUAAUUAUGGAAACAGCUAUAAAAAUAAUGGAUAUGGCAAUAAUGAUUAUGGAUAUGGGAAUAAUAAUUAUGGAUACGGCAACAAUGAUUACGAUCGUGACAACAACAAUCACGGAGACGAUGACUAUAGAAGAAAAUUGCGAGGACCAGAUGAGAUUGGUUAUUUUGCCAGAGACCCAGCAAGUAGACGUCUCUAUGGCAGACGAAAUUACCAAUAUAGAUUGAUCGGCAGGAAUGGACUAGGAUUUGACAAGCGGACCGUUAACUCCUACAGCUACGUGGCUCCUAUAACUCCUGAGCGGUUGGAAGUAAUUGGAUACCCUUAUACACAUUACAGAGGGAAUAAUUAUGACAGGAACUAA